GAAAAAAGCCAGGCAUAAAAGAUACCGGUCGUUUAUGUUACUUUCAUUUUCAGUUCUUUAUCUCUAAGUUCAUAACCAUUUUAUAGUUCGCUACUAACAUUAACUACUGUCCUACCUGGAAAUAUUACUCAAUACUAUAUCCUGGUUCUAUCCGGUACCCGCUGCUGUCUUUCCGUUCCACUACCACGCUUAGUACUCCAUUGUCUUACCUACCAACUCUGAAGACAUGAAAGUGGCAACAAGACAUCUACGGACGCUCUGAGCCCGAUGAGGCUAUGCGCCCUAACCCACGACCAAGACCAAGACCAAAGCCAAGGCAGUAUAUACCCCCAAAGCCUGCCAAAGCCAAAAUUCUUACAGAUAUUAUUGUUAUUAUUAUUACAGAUGCAGAUACCAAAGUUCUCUAUAUUAUAUACCGUGGUACCCAAGGCCCUAAAACCCAGACUAAAACCGGCCUUGAUCGCCUUGAUAUCAAUAUACUGCCUUGGGCCUAUCAUAGCCUUGGUUAGGUUUACAUAGCCUUGGAACCCAGACUGAGAAUGGAAGAAUACAUAGGAGCCAUUGUGAGCCUGGACUGUGGGCCAGCACUGGGUCAUUACCAAGGAGAGGUGUCCACCAUCAACAAUCAAGACCAGACCCUCACUAUCUCAAAGCCGUUCAGAAAUGGAGUCCCGUGCACCAUGUCGGAGCUCACUUUCAGUGCUCAAGACGUAAGAAAGCUGGAGAUUAUCAGCCUCACUCCGGACCCGGUAGUUGUGCAGAAGUCGAGUGUUCCUCUCCUGCCCAAAAAAGCAAGAAACAUUGGGGAACAGAUGAAGACUCAGCUGAUGCCGGACGCCAGAAGCUCUCCCAAGAAGGCCUUCCAGACGCCGAAAAAAUCCGAGCGAGAUGUUGCAGGUGGAAGCAACGUGAAAUCGAGGCGUAAUCAGCAGCAGUCCAAGAACGACCUCUGCUUUUCGACGCCGGCAGAAAAGUUCAAAAAUGAAGAAUUUGACUUCGAGAAGAAUUUGGCUCUGUUUGAUAAACAGGCCGUGUUUGAGGAGAUCGACAGCAGCCAGCAGCCGGACGUGGUGCGACUGGUAGACACGAACCGGCGCCGCGGCGGCCGCACAGAGGCCAAGUACCGGCACGACCAGAACGUGCUACACUCGGCGCCGGUGCGCUACAACCGCAUCGCCGUGCCGGAGACGCCAGAGGUCGAGUAUGUCACAGACACCGGCCUGGUGGUGCCCUCGGUGACGUCUCGGGCGCGAGACACGCUGCUGCAGGCGGCGCAGCGGCACGGCCUCACCAUCGGCCGCCAGCAGGAGAUGCUGGGCCGCGGCUGCACGGAAAUGGCGCUCCAGCUGGUCGGCAGUCACGCCAGGCUGAUGCCGGAGAACCUGCACCAGGCGCCGCGGGUAGCCUGUCUGUGCGGACCCCACUCACAGGGAGCGGCCGGGCUGAACGCGGCGCGCCAGCUGGCCGGCCACGGCGUGCAGGUGACUGUGUUCCUGCCGGACCUGGCUCUGACGUGCCGUGCGCUGAGCACCGAGCUGCAGCUGUACCGGCUCACCGGCUGUCGGCUGACGCACACCGUAUCAGAGCUGCCCGAGACGGUGGACCUGAUCGUGUGCACGCUGGACGACCACGAGCUGAGCUCGCAGCUGGCCUUCCAGCCGUGGCACCGGUCGGCUGUGGCCUGGGCCAACGGCAGCCGGGCGCCGGUGCUGGCGCUGGACCCGCCGGCGCCGCCGCCGCCGGCCGCCGCCGCGCCCGCCGCCAUCGAGUGCAAGUACACGCUGGGCGCCGUGCUGCCGCUGGGCUACGGCGCGCAGCAGGGCGCCGUCUACCUCUGCAACCUCAACGUGCCCACCGAGGUGUUCCGCAGCCAGCGCAUCGAGUACGUGUCGCCGUUCGGGCCGCGUAUCGUCAUACCGCUGCACGCGCGCGACGUCGACUGACGUGGUGGCGCCGGGCACUGACGUCGACUGACGUGGUGGCGCCGGACACUGACGUCGACUGACGCUGUGAGGCGGGACACUGACGUCGACUGAUGUUGAUGCUGACGUCGACUGAAGGCGCCGCCGGGCCGGGAUGGCCCGCGCCCCGUCCCGUUCCACCGGCCGCCGCUGGACCCCAGGGUGGUGCGGCAGCUGGGGUAGAGUCCCGGCGGCGUCCCGGUGGUGGGAUCCCGACUGAGACGGGGCACCGGGUUCGUGCCCGGGGACGAAAGGGUGGCGGACGUCCGGCCGGGACGUCAGCAGCUGAGCUGGUGACGGGUCCUCCGUCCUGACUUAUCUCCUGGAGACUUAUCGGGGAGCGGGUAAUGGAUAGCUGUUGUAGGGAGGCAGUGGGUCUUUGUGGCUCCGGCCGCUCUCAGUAUAUCUGCUCUGAUCUGUGUUGCUGUAGUUUUGUAUUUGCGUGGAGCGGACAGCUCGAUUGCUCAGUGUUCCGCCCUGUGUACUGUUGUUGUGUGUGCGGUCGGACCAGGAUGCUCCCUGGGUCUGCGAUUGGAUCUCCGCACCCAUUGUGGGGCGAUGGAUCUGUGAGUGGAUCGCCGCGCCUGUGCGGGGCGAUGGAUCUGUGCGCAACUCUUGCCAGUCGACGGCGAUACAGACCGAAUCUGUGUCAAAUUGCUGCUCGAAAGACAAUAAACAUAAUGUCUCAUA